AUGUUUUUCAUUUCGUUUGUUUGUUUUUUUUUCAUUUGGCUCAAUCUCUUUGCAAUUGCGUUCCCUUCAUUCUUAUCUUCUUUUCUUUUGUCCCUUUUCUCUUUUAAUAUAUUUCCCUUUCUUUCUGUCUCCCCCUUCUCACUCUCUUUCUCCAGUAUACUUCCUCUUAUUCUUUUCUCCUUUUCAACAACCCACCCACUUUACUUUCUUUCUUUCUUUUUGUUUUUUCUUUCUACGCCUUUUCUAUUCUUUUUCUAUUCUAUUCUUUUUCCUCACCUUUUUCGACUCUUACCUUCUUCUUCUUCUUCUUCUCCUUCUCUUUCUUCUUCUCUUUCUUCUUCUCUUUCUUCUUCUUCUUCUUCUUCUUCCAAAUUUAUAACUUUGCCUCUUAGUCAUCUCCCUUUUCGCUUUCUGUCUCUACUUCCCAUAAUUCUUCGUCUCCUCACCGCCCACCUCCAUUUUUAUUCCUUUGCAAUUUUCUAUAUAGAUUCUGCAAAAAGUAACUCUGUACUAUCUAUCUAUCUAUCUAUCUACCACACUCUGAUCAUACCUAUUAAUCUAUUUAUCUAUCUAUCGGACUGUUUCAUUCUUUCUUUCUUCCUAUCUAUCUAUCUAUCUAUCUAUCUAUCUAUCGUACUCUGUUUAUGCCUGUUAAUCUAUCUAUCUAUCUAUCUAUCUAUCUAUCUAUCUAUCUAUCACACUCUGAUCAUGCCUAUCUAUCCAUCUAUCUAUCUAUCUGACUGUUUCUUUCUUUCUUUCUUUUUCUUUCUUUCUUUCUUUCUUUCUUUCUUUCUUUCUAAUCUAUCUACCACACUCUGA